GGACUGAGAUUCUGUUGGCAUGCUGAUUUUCAAGCUGAUAUCUCUUUCACGGCUAAGGAAAUUUGGAGAGCGACCUCAACCUAAGCGGCUCACUAGGGAAGCAAUGCGAAAUUACCUAAAGGAGCGAGGUGAUCAAACAGUGCUAAUACUCCAUGCGAAAGUUGCGCAAAAAUCAUAUGGAAAUGAAAAAAGGUUCUUUUGUCCCCCUCCAUGUGUAUAUCUCAUGGGCAGUGGAUGGAAGAAAAAAAAAGAGCAGAUGGAAAGAGAUGGUUGCACUGAGCAAGAAUCCCAACCAUGCGCCUUCAUUGGAAUAGGAAACAGUGACCAAGAAAUGCAGCAGCUGAACUUGGAAGGAAAGAACUAUUGCACAGCCAAAACAUUGUACAUAUCUGACUCAGACAAGAGAAAGCACUUCAUGUUAUCAGUAAAAAUGUUUUAUGGCAAUAGUGACGACAUUGGUGUGUUCCUCAGUAAACGGAUCAAAGUCAUCUCCAAACCUUCUAAAAAGAAACAGUCACUGAAAAAUGCAGAUUUAUGUAUUGCAUCAGGGACAAAAGUGGCACUAUUUAAUAGACUUCGAUCCCAAACAGUUAGCACCAGAUAUUUGCACGUAGAAGGCGGUAAUUUCCAUGCCAGUUCACAACAGUGGGGAGCAUUUUACAUUCACCUCUUGGAUGAUGAUGAAUCAGAAGGAGAAGAGUUCACAGUGAGAGAUGGCUACAUUCAUUACGGGCAGACUGUCAAACUUGUAUGCUCAGUUACUGGCAUGGCACUCCCAAGACUGAUAAUUCGAAAAGUGGAUAAACAGACAGCAUUGUUAGAUGCAGAUGAUCCAGUAUCGCAGCUCCAUAAAUGUGCAUUCUACCUUAAGGACACUGAGAGAAUGUAUUUGUGCCUUUCCCAGGAGAGAAUAAUCCAAUUUCAAGCCACUCCAUGCCCAAAAGAACCAAAUAAAGAAAUGAUUAAUGAUGGAGCUUCUUGGACAAUCAUUAGCACAGAUAAAGCAGAAUACACGUUUUAUGAGGGGAUGGGACCUGUCCAUGCUCCAGUAACACCUGUGCCUGUUGUAGAAAGUCUUCAAUUGAACGGUGGUGGGGAUGUAGCAAUGCUCGAACUUACGGGACAGAACUUCACUCCAAAUUUACGUGUCUGGUUUGGGGAUGUGGAAGCAGAAACCAUGUACAGAUGUGCCGAGAGCAUGCUCUGUGUCGUUCCGGAUAUUUCUGCCUUCCGAGAGGGUUGGAGGUGGGUCCGCCAGCCAGUGCAGGUGCCAGUAACUUUGGUCCGUAACGAUGGCAUCAUCUACUCCACCAGCCUUACCUUCACAUACACCCCGGAGCCCGGGCCCCGGCCCCACUGCAGCGCUGCUGGCGCAAUCCUCAGAGCCAACUCGAGCCUCAUGGCCUCCAGCGACACAAGCACAAACAGCGAGGGAGGUUACACAAGCGUCAGCACGAACCCAACCAGCGUCACAUCGUCGACAGCAACUGUGGUUUCCUAACUACCGUUGUUGGUUUGGACUUUAGCUGACUUUUAAGUGCUACGUUCAAGAGAGCUGAACAAUUUUUGUGGUUUCGUGGGAAAACGCCUUUCCGUUUUAGGUGAUGUUAUUUGAACCUUGUUACCUGCAAGUGCUGAUCUUAAAUAUAGAAGCCACAAUAAAAAAAAAAAAAAAAACAUCCGAAACAUUAGAACUUUAUUGAAAAUCUAUUUUUCAGCUGUUUUUUUUUUAAUGGGCAAGAAAUAAAAAUGUGGCUGGGAUACAUGUUGAGCAAACUAGAAAACAUGACACAGCGUAGUUUUUAUGGACCAAGGAACUUGUAUAAGCUUUAGUAUAAAAGGUACAUUUUCACCAUACCUUUUUUGUAUCACAACAUAUAGUACACUUUUGUUACCAAAUAGUUUAUAUUUUUUUUUCCUCCGAGCUCUUGCUCUGAAGUAUAUUCAGGUUCCAAGCCUGACCAUGCUUGUAUAAUCUAAUUACCAUACUCUUCCAGUUUAAAAAAAUAUAUAUAUUUUUGGUCUGUGGCUGGAACUGUUCCUUUUUUUAAACUGAA